AUGUCAUUUGUGAAUACGAAACAACAGCGACUCAUAGAAGAUUCUGUCACAAACCAUGUCAAGUACUACGACAAAAUCACAGCCAACUACUUAAAGUUGAGACAGUCGAUCUUUAAGUUAAACGCAUCGAUUACCAAACAGUUGUCCGAAGAAAACAGCAUUGUUUCCGAUGAGAACAAGGUCGAGGUCUACCAGUUACGAUUUGAACUCGACAGAGCCAUAGAGGCAUACACUUCACAUCUACAGGAGUUGGAAAGAAACCUUGUAAUAGCUAAAGAUAUAAAGCCACCGUACAGAAGUGAGGCUAAUAGCGAGUUCAAGACGUUACAAGAAAAGGAGCAGCAGUUGACGGAAGAAAUCAAGGAUAUCCAGGAAGUUCAGAAACCACGCUUGGACAAGAUGAUGCUGUUGGUUAAAAGUUUUGAUUCUAAUAGCAAAAGUAAUACUGCCAGGGCGAUGAACCCCUAUAGACUCCGAGACUUGGACAAGAAUGAGAAAGUGACAGAAGUAGAUUUACGUAACUUGUUAUUCACCCACGAAGAGAUUGUAACACUUUUUGACGACGUCACUGUGAAUUUAAAAAAUGGAAAUGAAAACGAAGACCAUUUCAGCUUGAAGGCUCAGGCUAUCGAGCAAUUGAACAAUAACAAGAUCUUUGAAAAGGUGGCCGAUCUGAAAUACUAUUAUAAAUUGCAUAGGUCACAGCUUCGUGACGUUUCGGCAUCGAUGGCAGUCCACGACUAUGACGAACUCAUAAACACCACGAUAGCAGAGAUAACAGCUCUUACCAAACAAGGAAAUGACAAGAAAGAGAACUGGAACAAAAAUGCUCACAAAUUGGAGGCAAUCAAGAAUCUUUUAGAUGAUAUGGAUUUAGAGAUGGAUCUGUCGAUGUAA